AUGAAGGAAAAGUAGAACCAUUAAAUGCAGAAACAUCACCGAGCGAUAUUCAUGAUGUAAUUGGUUAUCGUUUACCAGACGAAGUAUAUUUUUAUUUAUCCAGAGGGUUAAUGUCUCCACAGGUUAUUAACACUUUGAUAUCCGGUGUUCUUAUUGAAAAUCCGCCCCUGUGUAACGGCGAAACACAAGAAUAUAAACAAUUCCUGAAACAAAUACUUGAUCUUCGCACACAAGCAAUGGGCUUACUUACCCAGCCUCUACACCAGUUUUAUCAAUCUAGACGUGUUGUGAGUGUUUAUUGGUUUGAAUCUGGUAAUGAGCAUCCUUUAAACCAUAAUGUUGCUCCGAGUGUUCAUGAAACAUUAAAUACUUGGAAUGUUUUGGAAAGAGGGUUAGAAGAAGAGAAGAAGGCACAAAAG